AUGCCGGGCGUUGGGGCGAUCGGAGCGCGGUGCAGGCACCUGCCGCGCAGGAGCCCCAGGAAGAGCCCCAAGGCGGAGUCGGGCCAGGCUGGGGCCGCCAUGGACGCGGCGAUUUGGAUCUAUCAGUUCCGGCUGAUCGUGCUGGGUGACUCCACCGUGGGCAAGUCCUGCCUCCUGCAUCGCUUCACCGAGGGCCGCUUCCCGGGGCCGCUGCACUCUGACCCCACCGUGGGGGUGGACUUCUUCUCCCGGCUGGUGGAGAUCGAGCCGGGCAAGAGGGUCAAGCUGCAGCUCUGGGACACUGCAGGGCAGGAGCGGUUCAGAUCAAUAACACGCUCUUACUAUCGCAAUUCUGUGGGUGGCUUACUAGUGUUUGACAUCACAAAUCGAAGAUCUUUUGAGCAUGUGAAAGACUGGCUAGAAGAAGCAAGAAUGCAUGUGCAGCCCUUUCAGAUUGUGUUUCUGCUAGUAGGACAUAAAUGUGACUUGGUGUCACAGCGGGAAGUUACAAGAGAAGAAGCUGAAAAACUGUCAUCUGACUGUGGUAUGAAAUAUAUAGAAACUUCAGCAAAAGAUGCCACAAAUGUUGAAGAAUCCUUUACAAUUCUUACACGAGACAUCUAUGAACUUGUGAAAAAAGGAGAAAUCUCAAUACAAGAUGGAUGGGAAGGUGUCAAGAGUGGCUUUGUUCCAAAUGUUGUACAUUCAUCAGAAGAAGCUGUAAAGCCCAGAAGACAGUGCAUCUGCUGA